GGUUUCGGUGUCACGCUUUCGCCGUCUUUUCAUGUCAUUAUCGCUGCCCAUGUUCAGACAGAGCCGAUGUCGCCCUUGUGACGCCGAGCGAGGCUGCAGUCGCAACAGCUUGAUUUAUAUCAUAAGGAUUACAGAUGCGCAAAAGGGAGAACAAGACAAUCGAUAGCUCCGAUCACCGUGUUUCUUUUUUUUAGCAGCGGUUAAUAGAAACAGCAAAUGCACAAAUGUAUUUAAUGGCGGAAUAUUGAACAAUUGUUUCAGGCUAUUUAAACACUUCAGUUUUUUUCGUUUUUGCUUGCUUUCGUUAACUUAUUUUAUUGGUAUACACGUAUUUAUUACCAUAUUUUACAGAUAUAUAUCACUCAAAAAGUUUGUCUGCUACUUUACCAUGGAAAAGUAAGGUGAUGUUUGCUUGUAUUCAUAUAUUCGUAAAUAAUGGACUCAUCUUUUGGUGUCAUAUAUGGUUUCUUGACGGAAUUAGGUAACGCAUGAUCGUUCUGAAUAGGGGCUGUCCGUCUACUUCAAGUUGUAGGCUAUAUUUCAAAUGUAUGUAAUAAAAGAGUGAUUUGCAAAACAAGAAUUGCCAAUUUAGAAAGACUCCAGUAUUCCAGUAUUUGGGGCACACAUCUAAGUCUAGAAAAAAGGUAGAUUUUAAGUCAUCCAGUUGCAGAAAUCAUAAUAAUCGUUUCAUAGAUUUAAUCUAAUACAAAGCCUAGCCUAUAUGUAUUAUUUAUACCGAAAUGGUAUCUCUCCGUAAAAUCCGACUUUUCAUUCUCGUGUUUUUCUUAAUUGUGUGCACUAUGCAUAUUAUAAUGAACUUGUUAUUUACACUAGAGAAGCAAACAGCUGGACUGACCACGGGCGACACCGGCUGCUCAUGCGCCCACAAACCCAUCGCAGGAACGCCGAGCCGGGCGAAACCGCGAGGCAGGUCGGCCGUAGAUUCGGGCCGCACCGACACGAAUUUCAUUCAUGAUCUCAGUAACAAUCCGAGCUCAAAUUGCACAUCACUUUCCAUGAAAAACAUAGCCGGGCAACCGGAGCAGUACGCGCAUGAAGGCGAGCACAAGACUCCCAUUAAAGGCACCAGUAAGCAUGUACCUGUUGACGGUUUCCAGCGCCUGGCGGCUCUUUAUGACCAUCCUUUGUAUAAUAAAACGCUGCCGGCUCUGGCAGAUGAAGACACCUUGUUUAGCGUCAACAGCGCUACGACAUUUUACUCACAAGCUCAUGGGAAUCAGAGAUGGGCCCGCGAGGGUGAUAAAGAGGAAGACCUCUUUCCUGUGGGAAUGUCUACCAUCGACUCGUAUCCCAGCUGGUUCCGAUUCCACCUUGGGAUCAACCGCUAUGAACUGUAUGCCAGGCACAGCUCUGCUGUCGAUGACCUGCUCGGGGACCUGGUGGUGCAUCGGAUUGGCAAUGUGGCAAUUAAACCGGGUGGGACGCAGCUUAAGCUGAUCCUGAGAUUCCAGAACUAUGGACAAGCGCUUUUCAAACCUAUGAAGCAAGCCAGAGACCAGGAAACGCCACCUGACAUCUUCUACUUCUCAGACUUUGAGAGGCACAACGCUGAGAUUGCAGCCUUUCACCUGGACAGGAUCUUGGGCUUCCGCAGGGUCCCUCCUGCGGCUGGACGGCUUGUCAGUAUCACAAAGGAAAUCCGAGAUCUUACCCAUGACAAGAAACUCCGCAGGACCUUCUUCAUAUCACCAGCCAACAACACCUGUUUCUAUGGAGAAUGCUCCUACUACUGCUCCGUGGAACAUGCUCUGUGCGGGACGCCGGAGCACAUGGAGGGAUCCCUGUCCGCCUUCCUGCCGGACCUGGUCCUGGCCAAGCGCAGGACCUGGAGGAACCCCUGGCGACGGUCCUACCAUAAGCGCAAGGCAGCAGAGUGGGAGAUCAAUCCGAAUUACUGUGACAAGGUCAGACGGACGCCCCCUUACGAUGGUCCGCGCCUCCUAGAUAUUAUGGACAUGACCAUUUUUGACUUCCUGAUGGGUAAUAUGGACCGUCAUCACUAUGAGACCUUUGAGAAAUUUGGGAACAAGACUUUUAUCAUCCAUCUGGAUAAUGGAAGAGGAUUUGGAAGGCACUCCCACGACGAAGCCUCGAUCCUGGCACCUUUAAGUCAGUGCUGCAGGGUGAGGCGCUCUACCCUCCUGCGCCUUCAGCUGCUGGCCAAGGAGGAGUACCAGCUGAGCGUCCUGAUGUCGGAGUCCCUGCGGAAGGACCGCCUGGCGCCCGUGCUCCUCCAGCCACACCUGGACGCCUUGGACCGCAGGCUACAGCAGGUGCUGUGGCUGCUGGGGGACUGUGUCAGGAAGACGGGCUACAGCCUGGUGGUGGAGGACGACGUGGGGGAGAGGCGCGCUGGCAGAGGCAGCUGAGGCCGCUAGCGCCACCUGGUGGCUCACCCAGCCACAGCACGUGUUUAUUUACAUCCCCUGGAAUUCAGUGAGCUCCAAGCUUUCAUUAUGCAUAACUACAAAUGUUUACCCCAAAGGUGUUACUACUUUCAGUCUGGAGAAAUAUGGGACACCAGUCUCAGCCACACAACAAAAUUUGCUUAGUCUGGGGGGGGGGAUUAUCCACGCCCCUACGCCACCCUCCACCAAUAUCUCCUACUUAGUAUAUGGAUAUUAUGGAUAUACAUGAAACGGGGGGCAUGUCCAGUUAGAAUAAGUGUAUUCUAACACAUUUUAAUCAUUCCUUUGUGUUUUUUGUUAGUUUUAUUUGUAUGAAGUUAUUUUAUUCAGAGUUAAAGCUUUAAAUGCAGUGAUGGCUUACUCUAAGAACUUUUGUUAUAUCUGUAUGUUGCCUGACCAAAAAAAAAAAAGUCACACACUUUAAUAUUUUGUUGCGCUGCCUUUAGCUUUGAUAAUAGUGCACAUUCGUCAAUGCAUUGUUUCAUUUCUGCAUUCAUAGAAACAGAAAUACUGUUUCUAUGACAUUCUGAUAAAUUGUUUAUUUGCCAUUUGCACAAGUAAAGUACACUGGAAUUCUUCUCUUUGCCCACCCCAUUUUGCUCUCCAUAGCUUGGGGGGGGUCACAGUGCAGGGUCAGCCAAUGUGGGGCCCCCUGGAGCUGGGGGUUAAGGGCCUCGCUCAAGGGCCCAUGGACAUGUGGCUGUUCUGCUGAGGCUCGAGCGGGCAAUCUUGUGAUCGUGGCAACAGAAAAUUAGCAUGCUGAGUCACUUAAUUUUAUCGGGGUACAUUGCAAUACCGUUGCUUUUUAAAAUAUCUUUUCAAAAUAUGGAAUACUGCAGAAUAAUGUCUGAACGGUAAGACGGUAUAAAAAUAAGAUACAGGCUGACUGGCAUGGGUCUUAGGGGUGCAGGAAAACUUACUGAGUAGGAGGGGUGCUGGGGUAGAAUUGACUGACUUUACUCAUUCGCGGGUGUUAAGGGGCCUGGGAAUUCCAGGGGAGGUGGGAUGCCUGUGAUUGAACUCUUAAGUAAUGACUUUGCGGGUGACACUGUCACUAUGGGAUCUGAGUCAUGGGUUUGAGUCACAUAUGCCCCAGCCUGGAAAGCCAUAUACAAAAGCAAAUUACAAUUAGUUUUCCCUUUUAGUUAUUUUUUCAAUCUAAAAGCAAGCAAAAGUAAAAUAAAAUACAACGUAUAUGUCUAGGUCCUGGGAGGGUCUUUGCCAGUGUCAAUACAGACAAGCAGGGGUGCCAUGGGGGGGAGAGUUAGGACAAUUUCAAAGGCCCUUGAGUAACUGUGGCCCUAAAAAAUUUGGAACAUAAUCCGAUUGAUCUGGUUUCACGGGGCCCAAAAUCUUUAUCGGCACCCCUGCAGACAAGUAAAGGUCAUUUAAUGAAAAUUCAUGCAAAUACAUGAGAUUUCUAUAAUUUGUAAGGGUACAAGUUUUUGCAGAUGGUGUAAAGUCCUUAAUUACUUGAAAAGUUUAAUGCUUUAAUAGUUUAACACGGUUGAUUCAGAUCUUGUAGUGACUGGCACAGCAAGACUUUAUUUGAAUACGUUACAAGUACGCGUUGAUAGUGGAUUAAAACAUCAAACUAACUGCAUGGCGGCCAACAGAAAAGUAUUUUCAAAAUGUCAGCACCUCUUUUACUUAAGUUCAAAACAUUUUAUCGUAAUGAAAAUCUCCCAAGCGUUGAAGACUUUUAGUGCAAUUUCAUUUAGAUCCUCCUGGUGUCGCAAUAGAGACACUUAAUCCAUCUUCCAGAAUCGCUUACCUCGUGGCGCCUAUCGCAGAAAACACACAUUAGCAGAGCAAGCGGGAGGAAUGCCAGUUCAAACCGUGUCAUGUAGCCGAUAUGCACGACGCAUAUUGUUGCACAAAUGUCAUGUUUUGCCGUUAAAACACUAUCUUAUAAUAUGCAUAAAUAUCACAAAUUUAUUUCCUAAACUAAUACAUAUCACGUAUAUAUCAGAAGUUGCAGACGGCAACAUUUUGUGCCGUGCAGGGAUUUUCGCGGGGCGGUGCUCGAUCCU